AUGUCCGCACUGAAGCUGGACGUCGUCGUCGUGGGCGCAGGACUCGCCGGACUCGCCGCCGCCUGCGCCCUCGCCGUGAAUGGGCAUCGUGUCCGGAUGUUCGAGAAAUCACCAGAGACACCGAGCGUCGCGGGCGGGAUCCGUCUUCCACCCAACGCGGUCAGAAUACUCAAGUACUUGGGCAUGCAGGACGAGCUGUCCGAGCGCUCUGUCCUGGUGACGAGCGUGGCGCUUCGAGAUCUGCGCACCGGCGAACUCAUCGGGAACGCGGGAUGGGUCCCCGUCAUGUUCAAGGACAGCGGGGGCGAGGCUCGCUUGAUCGACCAUCGCGAUCUUUGUGACAUGCUAUGCAAGCGUGCUAUUUUUGCCGGCGCCAAUGUAUCUUUCAAUAGCACGGUGGCCAGCGUCUCUCCUCCAUCAACCCACGCAGCGCCCUCGGGGUCUGAUGAUCAACGGCCUUCGGUCUCGCUCCACUCGGGCGAGAUCAUCCAUGCCGACUUGAUCAUUGGAGCCGACGGGGCGCGAGGCGUCGUGAGGCCCGUCGUGGACGCGCAGAACCCUCGCUCGCCCUGGAAAGGCGCGUACACGGGCACGACCGUGUAUACCGGCGUGUGUGCCGCCGAACAUGCAGAGCUGGAAGAAUCAGGACACGAAGUGGACGUCUGGAUGUCCGAGGGCUUCCAUGCAAUGUCGUACGGUACGGGGAGGAAUGAGUACGUUUUGCAUAUGGAGCGCAUAGAAGAUUUCGUGGACGAUCAGGUCGAUGAGUGGGGCACCGUUCCAGCGUCCAGCAUCUCACAGACUGGUGAGCUCGCACCACGCAUUCAGCGGAUGCUCAAAGGCAUCUCGUCUUUCGCUCGCGCACGCUGCUACGAGCCUUCACCCGCAGACGAAUGGGUAGACGCCUCGGAGACGAUCAUCCUGAUCGGCCACGCCGCACACCCAAUGCUGCCCGAUGCGCUGCACCAGAGCUCCAACUGCCUCGAGUCCGCCGCCGUACUCGCCACGCUGCUCUCCCACCUCCGCGCGCGCGACCAGCUGGCGUCCCUCCUGUAUGCAUACCAUGACCUGCGCGCGCCCCGCGCUGCGCGGCUGCAUGAGCUGGAGGUUAAGAACCGGUGCUUCACGAACCUCGCGGGCGACCAGCGGACCGCGCGAGACGCGGCCCUGCGCGCCUCAUUCGCGAAGGCGCGCUCUUCACAAACCCGCGAAGAGGCCCUGGAGGCCCCCAACCGACAUGAAGACGACGACGGAGAAGCGCUGGCGAGGCAUUUCGCGGAGCUGUUGGAGGGGUGGGGGUACGAUGCACGCGAGGAGGCGGAAGAGUGGUGGGUUCGGUGGGGCUUGUUGAAGGAGCGGGCGAUCGUGAGUGAGCACACGGGUGAGGACAGCAGGCCGGGGGUCGUGUCUGGCCUUGGCGGUGUGCAAUUUGCGAAGCAUACGAUCGAACACGCUUGAUACCUAGAGGAUCCAGUGCUGUAAAUAAUCUAGGGCGGGAAGUGCCUUCGCACGUCGUAGCUCGCCUCAUAGCACCUGCAUCGUGAGGAGUAUCACAUCAUAAGAUGGUGCAGAACUCAUCACUGCAGCUAGCGGGUCUAUCUCUCUAUCUAGUCUCCUGAUGGCAGCAACGUCUGCGAUUCUCUCUUAACCUUUGACGUCGUCUUCGGCUAUCGUAUCUAUAGG